GGGCGGAGCUCGCUGGCCCGGAAGUGCUUUCCUGGGAAAGAUGGCGGCUGUGUCGGUGUAUGAGGCGCCGGUGGGAGGUUUCUCUUUCGAAAACUGUCGCAGGAAUGCCGUCCUGGAAGCCGACUUCGCCCAGAAGGGCUACAAGCUGCCCAAGGCCCGGAAGACGGGCACGACCAUCGCGGGCGUGGUGUACAAGGAUGGUAUAGUCCUUGGAGCGGAUACAAGGGCGACUGAAGGCAUGGUGGUCGCUGACAAGAAUUGUUCGAAAAUCCACUUCAUUUCUCCUAAUAUUUAUUGCUGUGGCGCUGGGACAGCUGCGGACACAGACAUGACCACCCAGCUCAUUUCUUCCAACCUGGAGCUGCACUCCCUCUCCACGGGCCGCCUCCCCCGAGUCGUGACGGCCAACCGCAUGCUGAAGCAGAUGCUGUUCAGGUACCAAGGUUACAUCGGUGCAGCCCUGGUUUUAGGGGGCGUGGACAUCACUGGGCCUCACCUGUACAGCAUCUAUCCUCACGGGUCAACUGACAAGCUGCCUUACGUCACCAUGGGUUCUGGCUCCUUGGCAGCAAUGGCCGUAUUUGAAGAUAAGUUUAGGCCAGAUAUGGAGGAGGAGGAAGCCAAGAAGCUGGUGAGCGAGGCCAUCGCAGCGGGCAUUUUCAAUGACCUGGGCUCUGGCAGCAACAUUGACCUCUGUGUCAUCAGCAAGAGCAAGCUAGAUUUCCUCCGCCCGUACACAGUGCCCAACAAGAAGGGGACCAGGUUUGGCCGGUAUAGGUGUGAGAAGGGGACCACGGCAGUCCUCACUGAAAAAAUCACUCCAUUGGAAAUUGAGGUGCUGGAAGAGACAGUCCAAACCAUGGAUACUUCCUGAAGGGCGCAGGAGUGGCGGGUUACUGCUGGAGGAGCUGGAGGGCAUUGGCAGUCCCCGAGGAAACACUUGCUUGACUGAGGUUUGCUGAAUGAAACCCAAUAAAACAUGGAGACCUGA